UACCUGACAUUGACAACACUCAUGCGGACAUGUGAACGUAUAAGAAGCUAUAAGACACACACACACACACACACACACAGUGAGCACAGCAACAUCACUUCAGACAUCAUGAAGACCCUCACCUUCACAGCAGGACUCCUGCUGCUGCUCUCUGUGUACUACUGCACUGCCAUGCCCGCUGCAGUGAAUGAAAUAGCACCUGCGACGUGCUGCUUCGAAUUCUUCAUGCACAGGAUACCGCUGCAGCAAAUCGUCUCCAUCGUCAAGACUCACAGCAGAUGCAGCGAAAAGGGAUUUGUGGUCAGUACUGCCAGAGGGAAUAAGAUCUGCGUCAGCCAGAACGUGACCUGGGUGGAGAAAGCGUUCGAGAAACAGCAAGCUAACGAGAUGAAAUAAUCCUGAAAAAUGAGUCUGAUGUUAACAAUCUGCAUCUGAUAGCAUCUUUUCCAAAAGGCUUUGCGUUGUUUUUCAGGUAUUUCAGGCGUGUUUGGUGGAAAUAUCUGUUUCUUUUUUUCAUUUUAUUUUUGCUUGUUUAGACUGUUUUACAUACAAAAAAUCUGUACGGCAAAUGGCUUUCAGCAAAUAAGGAAUUAAUAAAUGCAUUCAUGAAAA